AUGCUCAGACGAACACUGGCCGGAAGCGCCAGCUUUGUCUGCCUAAGAUGCCGCCUCCGGUUGACUGGCGCCGCUAACCGCCUGCGGCUCCCUCCUCCCGCUCUUCCCUCGUCGGCUUUCGGGGGCGCUCGAAGAUAUAUCGGCACUCGCGAUGUCCCGGCAGCUAGUGAAGAAGCUGGCAGUCAGUCUGAACCACAGUCAACCCCUCAGACCCCUCAGACCUCUCAGACCCCGCCGGCAGAGCAGCCAGCGCAGACAGAAGGAACGUCAACGACGGAACCAACGAAGUCAACAAAAGAACCAAUAGCGCCAAUAGAGCCGACAAUCCAGCUUGAUCAAACAUCACAGUUAGAGCAGUCCGGCCGGACGGAGCAGCCAAAGCAGGCCGCAUACAAUGAGCCUGGCGAACCCAGCACCGAGCCUUUCGUCCUACCCGAAGGCUAUCUCGAGGAGGAUCCGCUGCUGAAGCCCAAGCGGUUCAAGAAGCCAAAAAAGUACAAAGCACGUACUCGUAUUCUCGCUCCUGAACGAGCGGGACUUCCUAUCGAUAUUUUGGGCCAGCCUGGUGCCGCGAUCAUUUUGAAAGAAGAGAAGCGGAUCAGGCGAAAGAACUUUGAAGAUAUCCAGGCAGAUGAAGGAACUGAAAAUAAGGUUGAUCCAACAACGCUGCUCCCCAACGAAGCUUCUGGGGAUCCAGCGUUACAAGACAUUCUGCUCAACAUCCAUGAACUCAAGCCCAAAGAUAGGGAGGUCCUGACCGAGGCUGAGUUCAUGGAGCUGAAGAAGACACUAAUGAACGGGUUCACGAGUGCCCAGCUGGUAGACUAUAUUCAGGAAUACUUGGAAACACGAAAGCUUCUGGCCAGCGAGGAGCAGGCUCCCGAGAGACCGCCAUGGCUGCUCGAGCUGAGACCCUGGGUGCCCGCUGUCGAGAAUGCAAUCCAAGAUGUCGAUCCUCAGCUUGACGGUUACAUCACUGCUUCUAUGACUCCUAAAGAGAGACUGGCCAUCCGGUUGAUGCGCCAGUGCUGGAAUCUGUCCUACCAAGAGAUUCAGCAACGGCCCGGUUAUCUCAUCUUCAGACUACGCAAAGUCGAGUUCACACUUCUGACCCGAGGAAAUAAGAGAUGGCUGGAAGGCGCCCCUAGAGCAAUCCUGAGGACUGUCAACCAGGUCAGAAUGAUUCGGGAGUCUCAACAUAUCUCUAUUAUGGCGCCGAAGUACGCGGCGGAGGUCAUCCUCGAUCGGGUCAAUCGCAUUCUCUCGAAUACAAGGACUGCUGAGUUCAACGCCACUCACGUGUGCGCUCCGGAAGCCCUGGUUCCUGCUGUGCUCGAGGAAGUGGGCAGUGUAACCAACACCGUGGUUCGCUACGACCGGUCAGGUGAAAAGAUCGCGGUGUCUUGGACCCACAACCCCGAUAGGCCUGAAGAUUUGGAGACCGCUGACCAGACUGUGCUACGCUUUUUGCGCGAUGCAUAUGGCGUUAAGCCUCGGGAGGCUUCAAGCUUGGAGGUCAUUCCCCAAAACCUGGAGAACAACGGCCGCUAUGUUACGGUCCUUGACUGCGGAAAGAAGCUCUCUUGGCAACAGCGUUCUAAGAUUUGGGGACGUUGGACUACUCCAGUUCCUCUGGCAUCCGAAAGUUCAGCUAAGCCAGACCAGCCGCUCAACAUCCCCGAAAAAGCUCUCCGCUUUGCGUGGGAUGCGGUGAAUGCUAAGUCCUCAGAGCAAGAGUCAACCACAAAGUCCCCUGAUGGUUGGUCGUCUCACCUGCGCACCGACACAAGCGCCGUCUUCGGUCAAGUCGUCUUUGCCCAAAAGCAAGCAAUGCUACAGAAGUCGUCUGCUCCAGGCGCAACUCAGCUGGACAGGUCUCUUGAGCGUGCAUUUGUCCCCUUCCUGCCCCCCCUCGGCACUCUUGAUCUGCCAACCAAUCUUCGAGAAGAAGGGCUUUGGCACACCACCAUCGUCAUCCGCUUUGUUCCCUCACCCACCCUCUCUCCCGACCUGCUCGAAUCAGCUCCCAACCUCGAGCUCCGCAUAGAAGCCGACCAUCGUGAAAUCAAGCGCCUUAAGGACCUGCGCGCCGUGACCGACAUUUUCACAAAUGAUGUGCUCUUCCCCUCAGCCGCUGUCGACACGCGCCUCGUCCAACAGCGCUAUUUUGUCCUUCCUGGCGAGCAAAUCGAGAACCAUGCUACGCCCAUAAUCGACUUCCUCGGCAAGGCGAACCUGCGCCCGUGGGACGGCAAGCUGAUCACUCCUACUUUCGUGCCCAAGAUUCGUCUUCCCCGCCGUGUCUUCUCCCCCGUUGACUCUAGCAACGAUGCCGCCACCCCAAAACAACAAGCAUCUUCAGGAGAAGAAGGCUUUAUCGAGCUAGAUUACAACCUCGCCUCCGUCGAGAUGCAGCGUACCGUAACCGCCGAAUACCUCGGCCUCAAGCUCCGUUACACCAGCAUCCAAGCCGGCCAGCGUGGCGGCGAGCGCGCCGAGCUCUCACUUGAAGCAGUCCGCAUCACUCCCGAAGAACUCGACCGCCUCAAGCAAGAGGAGGAGGCUCGACGCAGGGCACAGCGCCAGGCCAAGGCGAGGGAAGAAAAUCUCGAUGAUGAAGAAGACGGAGAGGGAACAAUCCACAGGUCGAAAUUUGAGAGACAUGUCCUCAACGACCCAACCAGGGCACUGAGUCCCAUCACAGGUCCCCCGGCGGCCGUGCGCGAGUUUUUGGAUACUGUUGUCCGCAUUGCAGAGGGGGAAGACCGGUUAAAAUGGCAGCUAAAGACACCACAGCUUUAA